GCGCUGAGGGCGGCGCGGGCGCCAUUUUGUGCUCAGCCCCCGGAGGAAGCAGCGGCGGCGGCGGCGGGAGCGCAGCGGUGCCCGGAGCGCGCGAUUUUUUUGAGCCGGCGGCGACCGCCCCAGCAUGGCCAGCAACGUGACCAACAAGACGGACCCGCGGUCGCUGAACUCGCGGGUGUUCAUCGGGAACCUGAACACGCUGGUGGUGAAGAAGAGCGACGUGGAGGCCAUCUUCGCCAAGUACGGCAAGAUCGUGGGCUGCUCCGUGCACAAGGGCUUCGCCUUCGUGCAGUACGUCAACGAGCGCAACGCCCGCGCCGCCGUGGCCGGGGAGGACGGCCGCAUGAUCGCCGGGCAGGUGCUGGACAUCAACCUGGCGGCCGAGCCGAAGGUGAACCGGGGCAAGGCGGGGGUGAAGCGCUCGGCGGCCGAGAUGUACGGGUCAGUACCCGCCCCCCCGUCACCGUCCCCCCUCGUCAGGUCCUCGUUCGACCUCGACUACGACUUCCAGCGGGACUACUAUGACCGGUACCAGUAUAAACCAGUUCAGACCGGGAUGUACAGCUACCCCGCCCGCGUGCCGCCCCCGCCCCCCAUCGCCCGCGCCGUGGUGCCCUCCAAGCGCCAGCGCGUCUCCGGCAACACCUCGCGGCGCGGCAAGAGCUUCAACAGCAAAUCCGGGCAGCGCGGCUCCUCCUCCAAGUCGGGAAAACUGAAAGGCGACGACCUGCAGAGCAUCAAGAAGGAGCUGGGGCAGAUCAAGGCCAAGGUGGACGCGCUGCUGGAGAGCCUGGAGCGGCUGGAGCGGGAGCAGAAGGCCAAGAGCGAGAAGGCCGAGGAGGAGCAGGGCGGCAGCGGCUCCAAGAAGGACGAGGCGAGCGGGGCCAAGGCCGAGGGCGGCAACGAGGACUCGGCCGAGGAGGGCGACCUGCUGGACGACGACGAGGCCGAGGAGAGGGGGGACGAGCAGACCAGUGCCCUGAGACUCGCCUCCAGUGCGCACCAGUCACCUCCCAGUAGCCCCCAACUCUGUCUGGGGGCGGGGGAGGGGCGGCCGCGCCCCCCCUCCCCCCCCUGACCGCCUGCCCCUCCCCCGU